AGACGGUGAAGAAAGAGGAGAAGUAUCUUGUCGGGAUGGUCGCUGUGACACAGACAGACGGCAUCUUCAAGAAUCCACAUGAGGUCUGAAAGUCUGUAGCAGGAAAGCUCGGAGAUGUCAGAUCUGUCAGGAUAACAGGAAGUGGGAUGGUUCUCACUGACUGCCUGUCAAAGCGUCAGAGAGACACAGCUCUGAAGAUUCAUGCGUUGAGAGAUCACAGCGGUGUGGACUGCUUCCUCCUCGGAGCAGAACUGAAGAAGAAGGGGAGUAAUAAAGUCAGAUAAACAUGCAUUAGAUAAAGCAGACGGUGGAGGCCGAGUCAUGUCGGGAGGCUGAAGGUGUGUGUGAGGCAAGAAGGCUGACAAGAUUCAGAAACGGGGAGGAGGAGGAGAGUAGCUCGGUGUGUUUGACGUUUGAGGAGGAGUUACCAGAGAGAGUGGAUCUAGAUUAUGUGUGUUACAGGGUGAGGGAGCUCCUCUCAGGUGUUUCUGCUGUCAGGAAUAUGGACGAGUUGCUGCAGGAUGAAGAGGAGGCAGGAGGUGUGGGAAGGAUAACUGGAGAAAGAGCAAGCAAAGUGCCUGCACUGCGAAGGGAAACCACCAUACGGGAUCAGCACAGAGCCCAGAGAGAAUUAAGGAAGUAAAAGUGAAUGAGAUCAGAGCAGAAAGGGGGAUUGUCAUACGCUGAAGCUGCUGAGAGAAUGGAGAGAAACGGUGAAAUGGUGCAAAAGGAAAAGCAGCAGAAAGGAAAUGGAGAUGAGCGGAACAUCAGUAUGGACAAGAAGCGAUUUCUGGCAUUUCUUGCCACGGUUAUAAACUGUGCUGCUGGAAUAAAGGGGAGUCGGAAAGGAUUAAGAUGGCGCUGGACGCUGCAAGGAGGUUCCUGAAUGCUGUGGACACAUCUGGAGAGGAUCCAGAUGUUACACUGAGGGAAGGAGCUGCACCGGCUCAGACACUUGGGUCUGGGUUAGAGACUGGACUAUGGCAUGGGAGCACUUUAGGUGGACACUGUAAAUAGUUUAAACUGUGAAGCUGUUAAAAUCCAGCAGGUGGCGGUAAUGAACAAUUAGGGACGCCGAGCGCCAUAAAACUCAACAGAAGGAGAAGAAGAAGAAGAAGAAGCUGAUGAUUCCCGCCUGAAACAUGUGUAGAUCUAACUACCUCUUCAUCACGGGAAACCUUUAGUGUUGUGUAGAGAAGCAGUCCGUCUGUUGAUGAUAAUGAAGUUCAGACAUAAAGCUGCUCGCUCGCCUUCAAACACGGAGAAGAUGACCUGCAGCAUCCUGCUGCUCAUCACCCUGACCUCCUGCGUCUGUGGUUCGUUUCCACCUGCAGGAACAUUUGUAGUGAAUGUGACACAGAGCUCCUAUCAGGCAGAGGAGAACGAGGACAUCACACUGGAAUGGACGUUCACAACCAAACCUGACAGUUUAAAUUCCCUUUAUAUCCACUGUGCACUGAUUACUGAUGACACGGUCUCAGUCCUGUAUCAUCUGCAUGAAGGUGUUGAGGUCCCAGAGUCUCAGGAUGGACAGUUUACGGGACGAGUCCAGUGUGACAGAGACGUCCUCAGAGAAGGACGACUCAGACUUCAUGUGUCCAGACUCAGGACUGAGGACUCGGGCCUGUACCUGUGUGACGUGCUCACAACUUAUGGUAGCAGCUUUGGUGAAUGCAGACUCACUGUCACUGAUGUGUUUGGUCUCUUUACAGCAGCGAGGGAUUGGCCCGAACCUGAGAGACCAAACACAGAAAGUCGGGGACGGAUCGUCCUCUACUGUGGACUGGGACUGACAGCAGCAGCAGCUGUGCUGGGUGUUUGUUACUGUUUAUUCAGCCACUUUCAGCCUGGUGAACAAAGUCCACUCAGUCAGUCUCAGCCUAUUGAACUAAUUUCAACCAGCCAGUCUCAGCCUGGUGAACAAUAUUUCAGCUCAGUCCAGUGAUGGAUGUGAACAAAGUUGCAGAUCAGCAGAUGGAUCAGAGGAAACAGUUUGAUCAACAAUGUAAACGAGACAAGACUGUUAGAAUUCAACUUUAUACCACGGACACAGAAAAUACCAGUUUCCCAUUGGCUGGCAGGUAAUAAAACUGUCCAUCAGAGCACAUCAAACAUACCAGCAGGUAACCAUAGCAACAACUUUGAUGCUUCACACACAUCACAUGAGUAAAAUGACAACAAACAAAGUGUAAAAGCUGCUAAUGAUGAAAACACACGCUGCCUUUAUAUUCUUCAGUAAGUGGCCGUGGUAUAAGAGUCAUAGUACACAGCUGAUAUACAAAAUAAUGGACCUGAUGGAGGAAACGCUGUUCUUCACCUUUACGCUGUCCAGUGUUUUGAUUGGACGCCUCAUCACACUCUGUCACUUAUCAGACAGACCUGAAAUCUAAUGCUGAGAAGCAUGUCCACCUCGUAUUCCAUGUAUAUGCAAUGUGUUUUUACCUUUUGUAUUUACAGUUCUGUGUGAUGAAUUUGUCCAUAAUAGAAUAUUUUUACACUGCCAUGAAACUGCAGUGGCACACAGGAAGUGAAGCUUUUAUCAUUUUGUUCUGCAUGUGUUAGUUGAUCCACAGCGAUCUGCUGUGCUGAUUUUUAUUGUCUAACAUCAUGAAAACUAAAACUGCAGCUGUGAGUUUUGACUUUAUUUCCAGACUUUUUUAACUUCUCCACAUGGAGCUUCAACACAAAGAGCUGAAACCUUUUCUUGUUUUUAUAUUCACUUUAAACUGAAAUGUACGGUUUUAUUUGUGUUUGUUACAGCUGGCUGUUAUUUACUGUGUGUUACUGAUUGUCAUUCUUUCAUUGUAUGCAUGCUUGAACGACCAGCUCUGAGUUGUUCACACAGGUAUUAAGGAGAAAGAGCACCAGAGGAAGCUCUUUACUGGAACUCCAGUCGUCUGGUUUAGAAAGCCUCACCUGGCUGCAGGUUACAGCUGGGCUCAUUUAGACCAACAGGCUCGAAGUGGAGCUGAUGAUCACAAAGACCUGCUGCUGCUCUGUGUUUUAUCUGUGAUGUUUGUAAAUGUAUGCUUCAUGUGAUUUCACUUAUGAUUGAUUCAUAAGAAAGCUGAACUGUUCUUAUGAAAUUAAGAAGUACAAGUUUUUUUCUGAUUGAAUAAAAUACAUUUCAUACCUUU